AUGCGCCUGCUCAUGUUGCUGAACAACGCAUAUCUGCUCUUCAGCACCACCUUCAACACUCUGUGUGUGGGUGCCGCUCUUGUCUGGCUCACAUACCGCGCCUAUCUUGUUAUCCACAAACCUUUAGACGAACUCGUUGGUCUCUUGGGCUGCGAGAUUCCCCAGGACCCUCAUGUCGACCUCGCUGGCAUCAAAGCCGACGGCUUCGUCCUGCACUGGAAGCCUGCAGACGAGCGCAAAUCCAACCAUCGCUAUGAAAUCCAACUCAACGGAUCAAUAAUCGCCCACGUCUCUCACUCCAACACGUCCAUCGUGAUUUCCAAUCUACGUCCCGGCCAGCUGUACAUUGUGCGCAUCAUUACCGUCAACGCUGUCGACUUUCGCGCCGCCAGCAGCCCCAUCCGCCUCUGUACAAAAUCCGCCGAAUCUCAAGACUUCUUUGACGCCCCCAAUGGUUCCCUGCCCUCCCCUUCCGGUCCAGUCAUACGUCCGCUGCACGUCUUUCCACCAGAUGUUUCGACUGUCCCUGCCACACCGCCUCCUCUUGUCCGCGAGACUAGCAACGGUCCGCUUCAAGCCAAGAAAAGUCUUUUCGGCAGACGCCCGUCGCCCCUGCCUGGUUUGGACACUCAACUUUCCUCUUUCGACGAAGCCAAUGAUCAAGACGGUCCAGGAGACAAUCAGCAAGCCCUGACCGAGAAGCUGGAUGAGAUUGGCCGUGAAACGGCUGAGAUUGACAAGCAAAUUCAAGACGAGGAACAGGAAGCCAUUGCGGCAAAAGCCAGUCUGGUCAAGGAACGCGAUGAACUGCGAAGUGAGUUGAAAGAAAAAGAUGACACCAGCAGGGAUCUUCGCAAACAGGUCAACGCUCUGGAACGAAACAACCAAGCUGCACAGAACAAGAAAAAUGCCCAGGAAAAGGCUCUACAGCAGAAACAGAACGAAAGACAGAAGCUCAAGGAUGACGCUGCGAGAUGGCAGCAGGAGAUGGCGCAGAUGGAGCACGACAUGAUCAGCAUCGCAGACCAGAAGAAAACACUACUCGAGGACACGGAGCGCGAAAAGGUCGAACUGAUGGACAAGCAGGCACAAGAACUGCAGACACUCAAAACCAUGGAGGACGAGAACAAGGAAGUCGGUGGUCAAAUUAAGAAACUCGAGAGAGACUCGACAAACUCACCCAGCGGAUCCGAGCCCAACGAUCAUGACAACGCUCUUGCUGCCCAGGAGGCCGAGGAAGACCGUAUGUGGGCUGACAAGCUGCGAGGCCUGGAGGAACAGUAUGUCAUUGCUCACCAAAACAUGGACGCCGCACGCCGCUACUUUGACAGCGCCUACCAACAACUCGCCAUGGUCAAACAGCGUCAGUCCGAAUUGACUCAAAUGGCGUCUGCUGUGCCUCCCAUCUUCGACCAACCUAUUUCACGUGCUAGCAGUUUGCGUCAAAGACGUCCUCCGAGCCGGCCUCCUGCAAACAAUUCAAACGCUUCUCCCUUCGCUUCUUCCACUGCUCCUGCAUUCGGCAGUGCCCUGGCGACUUCUGGUCCGACAACUAUUUCUCCAAGCUUCACCACCUCGGCAUCUUCCUUCUUCAAUAUCAAUAAUGGCAUGACAUUGGAUCGUCCAAUGGGCGAUUUCUCUCCUGCAGAAAUUGAUAGGCUGACUGGAGGCGCUCCUAUGAGUCCGAGUGCAGGUGCUGAACUUUUGCCUGCGGGACUGCUCAGUAACUCUGACGAAGAUCCACCCGAUCGUUUCCUUGGUCCUGCUGCUCAUAUUCAUACAAAGGACGACGAUGAUACAGGAUCCGAGGGUAUACAGCCUUCAAAUCAUAUGUUGCCUGGUCUUGGUGCUCUUCCAGGCUUGGGUGCCUUGCCCGGUCUGGGCGCCUCGAGGCCGUUCGAUCCACCUCAAGGUCCGACGAGUCCAAACUCUGCCAGGAGUAGAUCACCUAGUCUGUUUGCUAGUCCACGUGCUAGUGCCAGCAAUCUUAUGUACAACUCUCCUGACGUCGCUUUGGACAGCGACCGCCGAUCCAUCAGAUCUAGCACGUCUGGCCGGGCAGCAAGUGGUAGUGCUCCUCACACCAGUGGAAGUCGUUUCGGUCAGAUUCUUGGUUUAGAUAAACUCAAUCGUCAGCGCGGCAAGACAUUGUCCGAGCAAGGACCAGCUUUGGGCUCUCUGAGCAAGUCGCAGAGUCAAUCGUUACCACGUAAUGAGGAUGGGGAAGAGAUGCCCGGAUCAGGACGCCGUAGGAACAGCAGCCAUUCUGGAAAUUUCUUUGGUAUAAAUCUGGGUAGGACCACUGGUCACACCAAAAGUACGGGCUCCGACAGCUUGCCCUCUCAAAAACAUAUCGCUGUGCGCAGAAGGCCUUUCAACAUGUUCGGCUCCAAGACGGACGGCUGGGCUGCAAUCCUGGGACAGGACAGAGCCGCUGCUCUCAAUGAAAGAUCUAACGUCUUGAGCAAUUUGGGUAAAGACGAUGGCAGAUCGUCUCCACGUCCUAUCUCUGUUCACUCCAAUGAGCUGCCUAGACCUUCUCAAGACAGUUCUUCGUGGGGUCUUUGGUCAUCAAACGAGCCUUUCAACCAAAGGAGCAGUCCACUCAGCUCUGAUUGGAUGGCUGCUCCGGCGGUAACACACAACAUGUGGGGUUCCAGACAGCCGUCAAGACGUCCUUCAAUCCAGCAUGGACAAUCUGGUGGUAGUCUGUCUUAUGACAUGCUCGACGAUGGAAUUGAUAACAACAGCUCCUAUGCCUUCAGUCCACCGCAGUCCACAGCAAAUUUGGCUCCGAUUGGCACGAAGCCCGCUCACAUGCUUAAGCGCAACAUUCCUGAUCCCAAGCUCAACCCAGCGGCCAAAGACUUCCGAUCGCUCUUCUCACGUCCCAGCUCGACAUCCUCCGACGUUGAAGAUGAUGAAGAAGAUGACGAUAAGAUCAACUUGAUUGGUGCCACUCCACUCACUUCUCCUUCCAAAGCACCCCACCAGCCUCUGCAUUUGAACCUCGAACUCGAGUCUUCACCAGAGCUUGGUCGCCAAUCUAGAGACGCGUACUCCAUCAACACAGCUUCAUCAGUCCUCUCCGACUCUCGCGAUAGCCUUGACCGUAGUAUCAGCCACACGGCCUCCGACUCUGCCCCAUCGACUUCGAUUACCUCUAAUAAAGGUUCAUCUCUCAUGUCGAAGCUCACUCGCAAGCACAGCAGCGGCAAAUUCCAGUUCCCGACCUUUUCUCGCUCUACCACUGAAAGGAGCAAACGCGAGUCGAGCCAACUCCUGGAUGUCGAAGACGAGGAACUCAUGAGCAAGAGUAUGGAAAGUGAAAAGGGCAAGGGCAGUGUGAGGUCUUGGAGCAGUGUCUUUGGUGUGGGCAAGAAGAAGGAUAAGGUCCCGCAGACACCCAAGGAGGAGACUCCCAGUUUGUCUGGAGCCAGUUUCGCCAGUACAGACCAUGGAGAGGAGGACUAG